ACGGUCACACCCCAACCUUUCUCUCGCUCGACUCGACUCUCCCCAUCGCGCACCUUGUCAGUUUCUCCUCGUCGCCGCCAACGCCGCCGCCGAUUCGCCCUCCUGUUCCUGACCCCACCGCCGCCGCCUCCUCUUCCCUUCUCGGCUUCUCCCCCUGGGAGCUCCCGGAGCUCUGCCUUAGCCAUUGGAACCGCGCCCCCGCUCUCCAUGCGCGCGUCCUGGUAGAUCCCCCCACCCCCGGCCGUCGCUCGAGUCCCCGGCGCAAACAGGCUAGCGGGCGGCACCGAUGGCGUCCGUGGCGGAGCUCAAGGAGAAGCACGCCGCGGCGACGGCGUCGGUCAACUCCCUCCGCGAGCGCCUUCGCCAGCGCCGGGAGAUGCUCCUCGACACCGACGUGGCGAGGUACUCCAAGGCGCAGGGGAGGACGCCGGUGAGCUUCAACCCGACGGAUCUGGUCUGCUGCCGCACGCUGCAGGGCCACAGCGGAAAGGUAUAUUCUCUGGAUUGGACUCCCGAAAAGAAUUGGAUAGUCAGUGCCUCACAAGAUGGAAGGCUGAUUGUGUGGAAUGCGUUAACAAGCCAGAAAACACAUGCCAUAAAGCUGCACUGCCCAUGGGUGAUGACAUGCGCUUUUGCACCCAAUGGCCAGUCUGUUGCCUGUGGUGGUCUAGAUAGUGCAUGCUCUAUUUUCAAUCUUAACUCGCAAGCAGACAGAGACGGGAAUAUGCCAGUAUCAAGAAUUCUUACUGGACACAAGGGCUAUGUUUCGUCAUGCCAAUAUGUCCCAGAUCAGGAAAGUCGCCUUAUUACAAGCUCAGGUGAUCAGACAUGUGUUCUGUGGGAUGUUACUACUGGCCAGAGGAUAUCAAUAUUUGGAGGUGAAUUUCCAUCAGGGCAUACAGCUGAUGUUCAAAGUGUAUCCAUCAACUCAUCGAAUACGAAUAUGUUUGUCUCUGGCUCAUGUGAUGCAACUGUGAGGCUGUGGGAUAUCAGAAUUGCAAGUCGGGCUGUUCGAACCUAUCAUGGACAUGAGGCUGACGUUAACAGUGUGAAGUUUUUCCCUGAUGGCCAUAGGUUUGGUACUGGCUCAGAUGAUGGUACUUGUAGAUUAUUUGACAUGAGAACUGGGCAUCAACUUCAGGUGUACAGUAGGGAGCCUAAUAGAGAUGAUAAUGAACUACCUACUGUUACAUCUAUCGCAUUCUCGAUAUCAGGAAGGCUACUAUUUGCUGGGUACUCCAAUGGUGACUGUUACGUGUGGGACACACUUCUUGCCGAGGUGGUACUUAAUUUGGGAAACCUCCAAAACUCCCAUGAUGGUCGUAUAAGUUGCCUUGGAAUGUCAUCUGAUGGGAGUGCAUUGUGUACAGGAAGUUGGGACAAAAAUUUGAAGAUUUGGGCCUUCAGUGGACACCGGAAAAUAGUUUGAAGACCAACAUUUCUUCCUUGUGUUGUAUGUUCCCCAUCGCACCUUAAGGAUGGUGAUUGUUGAUCAUCUUGACUUGUUCCUGGGAAUCGCUUUGUUGUUUUUGUAGUAUAGAAUCUUCUGUACCAUGCGUCCAUGUCCAAUGUUUAAUGAGGGAAAAAAGGGCAAUUUCUCGGCGAGACAUCAUGUGUUGUAUCUUGUUGAGUUAGUGUCUGUUGAUACAGUUAUUACCAGAAUAUCCUCAACGUCAACGUGUGAUCUUCCCUUUCUUUUGUACAACCCUUUUCCUUUCCAGCUAGAGAAGUAGAAUGUAUAUUCCGGAACCAAUUGAUCAGUUUGUCCAUUCGCCGAAAGAGGAACAUUAGGUUCCUUCACGUAUGCAUUAUUUGCAUCUUUAGUAAUGUUGUUUUCUUA